AACACUUCGGGUUCGUAUUUGAGCUUGAGGUAUCUUCGGUAUAUCGACGAUCUCGCCGAGAUAGGAUGUUAUAGUUGGGGCGCUGCUGUGCUGGGCUACAUGUAUCGAGGAUUAUGCCGAUGUUCUAUGGGCACGAGGGUAGAGGUCCCUGCAUUUUGCUCGCUCCUUCAGAUAUGGGUGUGGACUAGGUUGAGACCUUUUCAGCCCAUACCAGCUCACCCUCCCACUAACUAUCUUACUGUGCCGAUGCCAUACGCGCGGAGAUGGUCGCGAGGCGUACGCCGACGUGCAGAGACGCAUCACAGCCUUCUCCCGUUUAGGGAUCAGCUAGACCGCAUGACGGCGCAGACGGCUUUUAUAUGGACGCCGUAUGAUCAUAUUUUGGAUGAGCUGCCGGCGUUUUGUAGGGCUGGUCAGCACAUGUGGAUGUCGCGGUGUCCAUUGAUACAUAUGGAUAUCGUUGAGUAUCACGCGCCCGACCGCGUGUUACGGCAGUUUGGGUAUGUACAGAAUAUACCCGCGGCUACGGUUUAGGAGCAUGACCACUAUGCGAGGGACGAGCGUGCGGGCGUCGAUGAUGCAUGGCGACUCCAUAUGCAGCAGCAGGUCCAGAGUUGGGAUGUGAGGAUGACGAGCCUAGCGGUGGUCGGACAUGACACUCCGAUCCAUGUGUACAUGGAGUGGUACUUGCGGAUCACUCGCAUCAUUAUUGGCAACCCCUCUAGGCGUCGUCCAGAUGGCCUGGGAUAUGUAGCUCUCGCAGGAGCGUAU